AUGGCCCCAGCCAUGGCCGUACCCGAUGCCCCGGACAGUGACAGCGACUACGGCUACGACUUUACCCCCGAGGAAGAGCUCGAGCUGAUCCAACUUGCGUCAGAAGCCGGCGCCGUCCUGUCCCGCGGCCCGUCUGCGAAGGAGACGAGCGUUGCAGCUGCCGUUGACUCGAUACCGGACCAGGCAGACGACAAGCCAAGCAACGGCAUCGACCGGCGGGUGCGCCAUGCAUUCUCGCCUUCUCUGGAGAGCCCUGAGGCGACCGCUCUGGUCCGACAACGGGACACGGCUGCGUCAGGCAAGACGCAUCGUCCCUCACCAUCAGCAGUUUCGGCUUGCGCGAACAUCAUCUAUCCCGACUUGAGUCGGGCCCUGUCCGAGCUUGGCCGUGGCCCUGACGAUAUCCCGCCGGACAGCAACGCCGGGCCCGAGACGACGGAUGACCGCUCGCCGUUGCAAAGAUUCCGCUCGUUUCCCCGCAAGCCCUUGACCGUCAGCGAUCUCACCUCGGGGGCCUGGUGCGAGCUGCAGUACUGGUACACGCUCACCAGGCUGCCCGGCGGAAGGCGAACCCGAACCAAGGCCAUGCGUGGCGGAUCCAAGGUCCACCAGGUUCUAGAGGACCAAGUCCACACCAGAGUCAAGAUCGACGUCGUGACCAGGGAAGAUGGCUUUGCCCUGAAGCUCUGGAACCUCGUCCAGGGCCUGAGAACGCUGCGCGAGACGGGACUGACGCGCGAGCUCGAGGUCUGGGGCAUGGUCGACGGCAAUCUCGUCAACGGCAUCAUUGACGGAGUCAGCCACGAGAACCCAAACCCGGAAUUCGAGAAGGAGCUCUCUAGCCAAGAGUCGGAUCCAGGCCUGAAGCAGUCGACUCUCACCGACUACUUCCCGCCCAAGAAGGACACCAAUGGAGCGGCGUCGGCUCCCAAGGUCUAUCUAACAGACGUCAAGACUCGCGGAAGCGUGGCGCCGGUCUCCAAGGUCUUGCUCCGCCCUGCCAAAAUCCAGCUGCUGCUGUACCAUCGCUUUCUCGCUGACAUGGCGUCUGGCCGGCUGGACUUUUUCGCCAUGUUUAGGCGCUAUGGGCUGAACCCGGACAGUGUGCUGUCCGACGCCUUCUUGGCCCAAAUCGCCGACGUGCACGAGGACGAGUUUUACGACGCGCCGUCAAGCCCCACCAAGCCGGACAAUGACGUGGACGACGAGUCUGACCAUGGCUCGACAGCCUCUUCUUGGACGGGCGACGCGCUCAAGUACCGGACUCUCCGGGAGCUCCUGUCUCUGGUUCUUGAGGAGAUCAAGCUCGCGUUCCCCCAGGGCCAGGACUCACUAGGCCACAUGCUCCGCGUGCAGUACAUCCACCGAGAGGACGCCCGCGAGCUCGACGUGCACGACUUUCCCGUCUCGCGGCAGGCGCUGGAUGCCUACCUGGGCAAGUACAUGAGCUGGUGGCGCGGCGAGCGCAAGGCCAAGGGCGUGGAUAUCGAAGAGGCGUUCAAGUGCCGGUCGUGCGAGUUUGCCAACGACUGCUCCUGGCGGCAGUCCAUGGACGAGGAGCGGGUGCAGAGAGUGCAGAGCAGGAUGCAGACAUUGAGACGGGCGAGCGGCGCCUGA